AACGUGGAGUUGAAGCCGAGAAAAAAGACAAAAAGAGUGAGUGUGAAGGCAUGGCAGUGUAAGCUUGGGAUAUACUUAUAACUGUUAUACGCAAAUGACGAUACUUAGAGAGGCAUGAAUGAUGAACAAUGGUAAAACAAAUACUGCAUACCAAUAGCCCAUAUGCAGUCAACUCACAAAAUCGACCCACUGAAUCGGAAUUGAAGUAAAAACAGCAUGGUGUGGUAAUGAUGCAGUGGUCACCCGAGUGGGCGGAGCAGCACUACGAUGUCUCCUCAACCACAUCACCACCAGUUCACCCCAAGCCCCUCCCAUUUCCACAGCCUAGUCGUCCCGGGUUCUCGGGCUACACCGACGAUAUCAGCGCCCUGAGUGCUUCUAGCUUGCUGAAGCGAUACGCUGAGAGGUAUUCCUUCAGUUCGGCCCUACCAGAGCAUGGAAGUUUCCUGAGAAGUGAGCAGCAUCAGGAGGCGUGGCCUGUGGGAUACGGUGCAGAGGGUCCACCUGGUUUAGAUGCAUUAAAGGGGAAUGGAAGUGAUCUUACAGAACAACAGUACAGCGGUGGCCCAUCACCUCAGGAUUACCCUUCAUCUUACAGUAGCCAACACCUGCUCCCCAAACCAUCCUAUCUCCCAUCACCAGCGUUUGCCUUACCAUCUGCCUACCUGCCACCUGCACCGGCCUAUGCUUAUCCACAGCAGUGCAGCCUUACGGCCGGUUAUUCACACGGUACGCCGCCUUUGCUGCCCUCCGGCCUGCACACACCUACGCCUCUGAACGCCACCCUCCACAGUCCUUCGGAUCCUCUGCGCAACCGGAAGUUCGGAUUCGACCAAUCCAAAACCGCCAGAGUGUCUCCUUACACGAUCAGGGACAAGAGUGAUCGGCAGAGCGCUGACGGAAACGAAAGCUGCGGGACGGACGCACCGAGCUUCCGCCCGGAAAGACUGUCGGCAGAUAUUGAGGGGAAGACUAGUAAUGUACAGCCUUUAGAGACAAGGUCUUAUGGAGGCCCAGGACAGUACACAUAUCCUUAAAUCUACUUAAAGGAAAACACCACCGUUUUUCAAUAUUUAAUUAUGUUCUUACCUGAACUUACCUGAUGAAUUAAUACAUACCUGUAUUUUUUCAAUGCGUGCACUUUUAUUCUUUGUACAGCAUUUCUUGAAUGUGUUAGCAUUUAGCCUAGCCCCAUUCAUUCCUUUGGCUCCAAAUAAAAGUUUUAUUUUGUGCCACCAUACUUACUCGUGCAACUACUUAUGUAACAGUCUUUAAAUAGGGAAAACAUGGAAGUGUUUGGUGGCUUCUAAAUUCAGUCCUGUUUGGAUCCUAAGGAAUGAAUGGGGCUAGGCUAAAAGCUAACACAUUUACGAUGCGCUGUAUGUAUUAAUUUGUCUAAGUUGAGGUAAAAACAUAGUAAAAUAUUGAAAAACGGUGAUGUUUCCCUUUAAAGCGAUGUUCCAGGCAAGUAUCAAAAUUACCCCAUGAUGUACUCACCCUCAAGCAAUCUGAAAUACAUAUGUUUAUCAUCUUUCAGACACAUUUUGAGUUAUUUAAGUAAAUGUCCUUGCUUUUCCAAGUUUAUAGUUGGAGAUAAUUGGGAUUAGGAACAACUUUUGACAUUGAAGGCCAAAAAAGAGCAUUCAUCCUUUACAGAAGUAAUCCACACGGCUCUAAGGGGUUAAUAUAAGUCUUUUGCAGUUAAUCUAUGCGAUAUUGUAAGAAAAAUAAAAAUUUUUUAACUUUAUAAACUAUAAUGACUAGCUUCCGGUACCGAUGCCAACUUGGACUUGGAUUCACGAGAGGCGCUGCACAACAAACCCAUGGCAAGCAACGCUCAUCCCGCUAAAACUCUUGCAUAAAUCGUGUGACGCCAAGAUGGUGCCGUUACCGGAAGCUAGUUAUUAUAGUUAAUAAAGUUUGAAAUCUGAAUCUUCCUUACAUUGAUUACCUCAAAAAGACCUUUUUAUUAACCCAUCGUAGCCAUUUGGGUUACCUAGGUGAAGGAUUUUUGGGGGUUUGCAAUCAGUUGUUGUUCCCUGAUCCCUGUUUUCUACCAUUAAAAAGCUUUAAAGAGCAAGGAUAAUUACUCAAAUCACUCCAAAUGUGCUUGUCUGACAGAUGAUGGACGUAUGUAUCCUGGAUUGCUGGAGUAUCCCUUUAAGUCAAUUAAUUAUCCCCGUGUUUGAGCUGUCUCAAGUGAAAAUAACUUGCACUGACAUAUCUUUAAAUAUGCCAAUGCCAUUGAUUUGUCUUAAGAUGCACACCUUUAAUGUCUUUUCUAUAGCAUGUUUGUAAAAGCUGCUUAAACAUCUUAAUUUAACUAAGGCCUAGUCCUGGCUUUAGCUAAGCUUUGUCUGUGAAACCACACCUAGGUGUUUUAGUGUCACAAUUAACAAUAUUUCAACAUAGGGCUGGGCAGUAUAUCCAGUUUUGGUAAUAUAUCUGUAUUAUUUCCCGGCGGGAUACGAGAUGAGACAAUACCAUCGGUAUACUCUAAUAUGCACAUGAUAAUAUUUUCUGUGAUUAGUAACCUGAUUUAAAUUUGAAUCAGAUUGUUAACACAGACACAGACUCUUUUGUAUCAUAUUUUGACACUGUUGCAUUCCUUAUGACCUGAAAUCAGGCUUUCUUUUUUAUUUCAUCCUUUUCCUCAUACUCUAUAAUUAUGCCGUGCAGUGAAGCACAUUAUGGUGACAAGCGCUAAUCCACCGCUUCAAUCAAUGAAAUCCAAACCAAAGACUGAAAGGGUGGAAUGGAAAACGAAGAUGAAAGAGAAAUAAGGAUUUAUACUCAGUAUCAAGAAAAUAUUUAGGUUGUUUUUUUUUUGGUGGGGUUCUCUUAAAAAAAAGAUAACAUUACUGAAUGAUCAGUAUUUUAAUACUACACAUGAAUGUUUUACGUAUGAGUGUGAUAUAAGGUUUUACAUGUAUUAUUAGUAAGUGUGUCGGUUGUGAUUGUCAGUGUUUUUCAAAAUGAUUAUUGAUUAUAAAGACUCGUUUUAGGAAUAAGAGCUAAGAUUAAUCUGUACCCAUUGAAUGUAAAUCUGAUUUUCCUCAGGAAUUGUGAAUGAAGCCAUACUUUUAUAUUAUACAGAUAUUUGAGUUUGACAGAAGUUUGUGUAUUUAGCUUAGAUUCUUUAUGUUCUCUAAAUGUGACAUUGGGUACGUUCUUAUAAAGUCCUUAAUGUCAUAUUCGUAAAACUCAGCCAGUAAACAUUAAUAACAAAUAAAAUGCAUUUUUACAGAAGGCGUAUAUCCAACAGCUUUCACAGCACUGUUUAAACGAAUAUAUGUGCUUUACUGUUCCCCUAUUGUGACUUUUACUAUGGAAACCCUCUGAGCUGUCCCAGCCCCCUAAAGCUGAUCACUGGAUGUGCUUUCCUCUAACCCUUUGACCUCCACCCAUUCUGUUUUAAAGGAGGUAUGUGAAAGAAUAAAGAUCUUUUGUUUUGGUGAGGUAAGCAGGGCAUACACUGAAAUGUACAAACGUAACCUAAAAUGACAGUACGGUUAAUAUUAAAAUGUAAACUGGUUUGUUUUUAACACUUGCAAAUGCAAUAUAUUGUAGUAGGGGGCAAUGUAAAAAAAGUAUUAAAAUGAUCUACCUCACUUUUACGAUACUGUACGUUCAGAAUAUGCAAUUGUGUGUUACAUGCCUAAAUGUCUACCUCAAGAAAAAUACAUGCAAUAAAAAUGUUAUA